GGCCGACUGCUCUAAAAAAUGGGAUUGGGUUAUGUUUACUUAAAAAUCAAGAGAAAAUGGUGCUUAUUUUUUGUAUCAAUGUAUUUGGAGACUUAAGAAAUUUUGACUUUGACAUCAAGAUACAGUAUUCUAAUCUAAGUAGUUUCUUGGUGUAGCUUAGGCAUUAUUUUCGUUUACUAUCCAGGUGGACGUCCAGACAGACAUGAUAAGAUUUUAUUACUUCAUUCUAAUCAAAAACUUAUAUACCACAAUUUCUGACUGUUACAAAUAUAUUCACAAAAACAUAAUACCCUGAAUUGAAAUUUGCAAUUUAAUUAGGGUAAUGGUAUCAUUAAUUGUACACCAAACAUCGGGAUCUAUUUGAUAUUAAUAGCUCUCUGAUGUGGAAAUAUCGCUUAAGAUACAUUUGUACACAUGCUUCCACAACUAUUCUAUAGUGGAGUGUCAUCCGAGUACAAUGGCUUUGCGGAUCUUUCUUAUUGCUUGCGCUAUUAUUCAGCUCUGGAUAACUCUCAAGCCCAGUUACCAUGAAGCUGAGGCUAUUGAGUUCAAGAUGACAAAUCUGGUUUGCGAGACUCUCAAUAAGUCAUGGAUGGUCUUCCAUAAAUGCAGACUUCGGGCCGUCAGUCGUAAUAAGACUUGCAUGUAUUUGAAUGGAACUAUUCUGCAUCCUGCGUAUAAAAUUCAUACCCGAGUUGAAGUCUUUCAAAAGGCCAAUGGCUACAAACCAUGGCUCAUUAAUACGACUGUUGAUGUCUGCCGUUUUAUGAAGAAACCCUUUAAUCCAGUGGCAAUAGCCAUAGCAAAACUUUUCAUAGAAUUCUCCAAUUUUAACCACACGUGUCCUUAUCUGGGGCCACAAAUCGUCGAUGGAUUUUAUCUCAGAUAUAAAUCUCUGCCACAUGGUAUGCCAACUGGCGAAUAUCUUUUGAGCUUAACUUGGAAUUUUGACUGGAAACCACAGUUUAUAACAAACAUUUACUUUAAAUUCACAGAAGACCUAAAGGCGGAUGCUUAAAUGUUCGAUUUGUAUUAAAGUCGUCUAUAUAUUGCACACAUGUGAAAUCUAAUGAAUCUAUUGAAAUUGAUCAUACGUUCGAGUGGGUUUUAGUAAUUUAACUAUUUUCCAAAAAUGUAUUUAGUCGAUGUAGUCAAGCAGAACAUGUGCUUAUAAUUGAAAAUGAUUUGCACAAGAUUUUUUACCUAAUAGAAUUCAGAAGAAAUAUGUUUUUUUAAUAUGUCCGACCAGCCUAUAUGCCAAUUGUAAAACCAGCUUCCAGAGUGCUCCUUCAUCCCAACAAUGUGAUCCCUGCAUCAAUUGGUAGGCAAAAUGAGUCUUUUCCCUCUGUCUCUCUUUCUCUCUCUCUCUCUCUUUCGUUUAGCAAAACCCGAAAUUGUCCUUUUCUCUCUCGGAUUAAUUUGACUUAGCGCAAAUUCUCUGAGUAUCAUAAAUUCCGUUAAUUACAAAUGAUUUGCUAAGAUACAAAAAUAUAUAACAACCAUUUGUAUAAUUUGAUAAA